AUGACGCUGCAGGAGUUUUCGGACCUCGAACAACGAGUCUUUGCGCGCGCCUCGGUGCGCGCGGCUCAGCCGGCGCCGCUUUCGAGGUUCGAGGAGCUUGGAGACGAGAUACGGGUCGAGGGGGCUCGUUUGGGGGCGCUCGAGUUCAAGGCGAAGGAGGCCUUUCUGGCGCGGAGCGGACUUAGCGGCCAGGCGUUGGAGGCCGAGGAGAUGCGGUUGAUGCGGCUGAGGGAGGGGGCGAGCCUGCUCCGCAGGACGCCUCGCUGCCGCGGCCACGCCCCUCGGGGCGAAGAAGGCGGGCAAGCGUGCAGCGGAGGCGGCGCGCAAGGCGAUUGCGCUUGA